AUGACAACCCCCGCUUCAUCAACUGCGGACACCACCUUUGCCGAUGCUACUAAGGUGCAACAAUUGACUUCCCACACUUACUCUGCGAACUUUCCCGAUGACUGGUGUGUAGGCUCAGUUCCCCAUGGAGGUUUCAUAACCGGAGUCUUCCUCCAAGUCUCUACCCUCCAUUUCCGAAGCACUCUCUCCGCCCAAAAUCAACCUCACCCCAUAAUUCUCCAUCUCGAGUUCCUGCGUCGAACUCAAACUGGUCCCGCCAUCUUCACCGUCCAAGAUACCAAACUCGGGAGACAAACAUCUAUUCUUCACAUAACGCUAUCACAAGAUGACCGAGUUGAAGUAGUCGGUUAUAUUACUCACUCCAAUGCCACCACUGAGGACGGCGUUUCUUCACCUCAUACUCAUGUUCUUAAUCCUGCCCCCCUUCCAGUCUCUCUUCCCCUUCUAAAAACCAACACCGACCCCAACUAUCACCUCCGAGAAUUAGAAUUCUCCAGCUUCCGUAAAGCUACCAAAAAGGGCCAUAUGUACCUCCCUCACACUGAACCAUCACCCAGCAUCUCAGACGAAUGGAUUCGAUUAUCCACUGGCGAAUACUGGACCAACGAAAGCCUCGCCUUCGCCUGCGACAUGUACUCAAUCCCGACCGAAUUCCCCCCCUCACCCAACACUUCCACUUCCACUCCCACUUCCACUCCCACCCUCAAAUCCACAUCCCCUUCCCCCUACCCAUCCCCCUCCACCCCAGCCCCCAUCGCAAAAUACUGGUUCCCCACCCUCGUCCUCAACAUCGAUUUCAAAAAGUCGCUUCCGAAGGAAGGUAUCGAAUGGCUCUUCAUCCGCGUCGAGCGCAAACAGAUCAAGAACGGACGUAUGGAUAUCGAAUUGACGGUUUGGGAUGAGAAGCGCGAAUUGGUCGCGAUUAGUAAUCAUGUUGCAUUGGCUGUGGGGGUGGAGAGGAAUAUAGCUGCGAGGGGCUCGAGUAAGAUUUGA